AUGCGCCGACAGCUACGACUCAAUGCCGGUUUGGUAGCCAGCCUGAUCGCCUUUUCGGGCGUGACUGAUGCCUUCUGGCGCCUUCCGUGCCAUGGACGCAGUGGUCUUGCACGAAUCGACCCCUUGGUCUCUCCAGGAGAGCCCUCAUACCAUGUGCAUACGGUUCACGGGUCAAGCGGCUUCUCCAUGAAUGCGAAUAUGGCGGCAUUGCGUGCAGGAAGUUGCACAUCGUGUGCUGUGAAACAAGAUAGAUCCGCCUACUGGGCCCCUGCCCUGUACUUCAUCGAUGAGCAUGGUGACAGUGAGAUUGUCAAGGAGGUGGGAGGCUUGCUCGCCUACUAUCUCCUGUAUGGAGAGAAGGUCGAGGCAUUCCCUGACAACUUCCACAUGAUCGCUGGUGAUCCGUUCCUGCGAAACUUCACAUGGCCUGUUCCUGACCCUCCUAAGUCGGAUUGGACGGGUGACCAACUUAGCCAGGCAUCUCUUCGCCAGAAAGCCCUUGGAUUCAACUGCUUGAACUACGCCAAAACCCCUGAACCAUCUCUGGGCCGGCACUUUUUGCCCAACAAGACCUAUCUGGAUGAACACUGUACCGAUGGGGUUCGGUUUGAACUGAUGUUCCCUUCGUGCUGGAACGGUAAGGACGUCGACUCGGCAGACCAUAGGUCACACGUGGCCUAUCCCUCACUCGUCAUGGACGGCGUUUGCCCAGAGGGAUUUGAGACUCGCGUCGUCUCACUUUUCUUCGAAACCAUCUGGGAUACCUACGCGUUCAAGGGUCGCGAGGGUUACUUUGCUCUUUCAACCGGUGACCCAACUGGAUAUGGAUACCACGGCGAUUUUAUGCAUGGCUGGGAACCAGGUGUCCUGCAGAAGGCUGUCAAGACCUGUACCAACCCAUCUGGCCAAGUCUCAGAUUGCCCUGUUUUUGACCUGCAGAGCGACCUCGAGUCUGCACUUUGUACCUUUGAUGUGCCAGAAAUCCUCAAACACGAAGAUGUUACCAGGGUGAAGGGCAGUCUUCCCAACAAGGUUGCCAUUGAAUGGGGACCAGAGUACGCCUUUCCCGUCAAGUAUGUUGGCGAGAACUUGGCCGCCUCUAGUGCGACCACUGCCGCAAUCCCCGAUGCCGAUGCUGGUCUGAGUGUUUCUGCCAACCUUGGAGGUAUUACAGGCAACAUCCACGCUGCAGGUUCCGCAACAGAGGUUGCAGCUUCAACCACACACACGUCGUCCACAACGUCUACUACAUCUACAACGUCUACUAAAUCCACAACUACUACUGCGACCAGUACCAGUACCACGACGACGACGACGACAAGUACCACGACCGCUGCCACCACCACUACCAGUACCACUACCAGUACCAUUACCAGUACCACAACCUCGACCAUUACCUGGAUUCCCACGCCUACCACCUCAUAUGUUCGGGCUACCGUCACACGGGAGGUCAUAUAUGUUGAACAAGAGAUUGUUGUCCUCGUGGAUGAGAACAACCAUCCGUUGACGACUGAAACCGGUGGCCUUGAGACCCUUUCCACGGCGUACAGCACCAUAACCCGGACCGUUUCCACCGUAGUGACCAUUCCCACCGAGCCACCUGCUAAACGCGAAAAGCAUGAUCACCUAGCCGCGCACAAGCGCCAUCACCACGGCCACUCCCACUAA